AUAUUACUGCGCACGCCCGGGCGGAGGGGGGCGGUGCAGCUGGCUUUUUGUAUGCCACAGGCACGACACAACCGGAAAUUAGCAAAAGGAAACCUCUCGAAGGGGACUUCAAUUCCUUUUUGUGAGCGCCGAUUAAAAGAAUUUGUAAUCAUGGUGAAGAUUUUCGUGGGAAAUCUGCCCAGAGCGACAAACGAGGAUGAAAUCAAGGCACUCUUUACCGAGUAUGGCACUGUCACAGAAUGUGCCAUCAUCAAAAACUUUGCCUUCGUCCACAUGGACGACCGCAAGGCUGCCACCAAAGCCAUCAAGAAUCUGCACCUCUACAAGCUGCACGGCACGCCAAUCAACGUGGAGGCCAGUCACGGGAAGAACCAGGGCUCAGUCAAACUGCAUGUAGCAAAUGUAGAGAAAGGAUCUGAUGAUGAGCUGCGUGCUCUAUUUGAGGAGUACGGCACGGUCACAGAGUGUGCUGUUGUUAAGAAUUUUGCUUUUGUACACAUGUCCAACUCUGACGAGGCCAUGGAUGCCAUCAAGGGACUGGACAACACAGAAUUUCAAGGCAAACGCAUCCAUGUCCAGAUUUCCAAGAGUCGUCCCAGACAUGAAGAACGGGAUGAUUACCCCCCUCCUCCCCCAGACAGGGGUGGCUAUUGGCCCCCGCGCUAUCCAGGAGAGUGGCCCGAGCCUCCUCCACCUGGCUACAUGAGGGGUCGUCUUAGCCACACCCCAGGUUACCCUGCCCCUCCUCUGCCUCCCCCUCCCCCUAGACGAGCAGUUUAUCCAGAUCGCCCUUACGAUGCUGAGAGGGACAGAUAUGGCGUGGUAGAUUACUAUGAGAAGUACCGAGCCCGUCCGUAUGGCAUGGCCACCUACGACGACCAGCGUCCCGGCGUGCCUCCUCCUCCCCCUCCCCCGUCAGCCGUCGUCCGAGACCGUCUUCCGAACUCGUCGCUCGACCCAUAUGAGCGUCGGCCCCUUCCUCCACCUCCUCCGUCCUCAUACUACGCCCGAGAUCGAAGUCCGCUUAGGAGACCGCCUACCACACCAGUGCCCCCUGCCAGUAACGGCUACUCCUAUGAUCGCUCUGCAUAUGGAGUUCCACGUGCAAGGGACCCCUACGCAGAUCGGCUGCCUCCGCCACCGCCUGCACGCUAUGCUUAUUAAGCAAGGGCGGCGCAUUUUGAAGGAUUGUCGUCCGACUGCGUCGCCGCUCGGCGCCUCCUGAUGCACGUGACUCUAUCCUCUCCCUGUCAGUGGCUGAGCGCGUAACGUUCCCCUGCGAUGCUGACAGGAGGAACCGAAUAGCCGACGUCCACGUCUCUUUCUGUUUUUAUUACUUUGAGGCAGUUUUUACACUCGUAUUUUUCCUCCUGGUUGUUUUAAUAUGUAAUUGUGCUGUAGUACUUUUACUGCUUGCCGUCUGGAGUAGGUGUUUAUUUUUUAUUUUAUUUUUUUGUACUUUUUCGUUUGAGUAAUACUGAUGUUGUUUGUGACCUUAGAGAAGCUGAAUGAGUUCAGCAACAGUUUCUAGGCGAUACUUGUGACUGUAGAUUUAACUGAACUUAACUUUGUUUGGUAUAAAAUCUAACCUGCACGUUGACUCCAUCAUGUAAAACUUUUACACCGCACAACAAACCGCUGUGAAAAACUUAAACUGCUCAAAUAUAGGAGUUCGAUGCAUGUAGGAAGUAACUGUUAACUUACAGGAAAUAAAUGUCAGCCGGAAGUCUCCUCAGAGCGUUUAUAUGUGCAUUGUCAAACACUUCUAAUUAACCUGAUUCAAAUAUUGUUGUAGGGUCACCGGAAAUAUCAUUUUAAAAGUUAUCCGUUUGUUAGCGUUGAAAUACCGUGAGACAAGCUUGUUAAAAUCGUCACGCUGAUUAAAAAAAACACGCCAAAACUUUGCUCACUGGUCUUGUCUGAAAUGGUGCAGCUUUUAUUCCUCAGCAGGGCGUCUGACGUCUCCCCUCAGUGCCAAAGUUGAAGCUUCUCGUAUUUGAAGGCAAGUAAAGAAAAGCUAGUGCUCUCUAAACCUACCUACUGAACCGACACUGGUUUUGAUAGGUGAGACUGGUUUACUUUGAGUCAUAAGGGGGAGGGGUUAUUACCUCAACGACUUCUGGACACCUUCACAGUGAAAAGGUAAGUGACAGGUUACUGAACUGGAAAAAAUGCUGAUGUAGUGCUGAAACAUUCCACAUUUGUAUGAUUCUUUUAGGUAAAUUAUUACUUUCAUUCAAAGUAGUUUUGUGUAGUAGUCAGAAAAAGUGGGGAUUUCUUUAGGCUGUCUUUAUGCCCAAAAAGUCCUGAAAGUACCAAAGGUAGAUAAAGAGAACGUGAAUAAGAGAAAACCAUCAGGUGUGGUCAGUUAUUUAGAGAUGGAAUGAGCCACUCUCACGCAUCUGUUGGGAAAAGUAUCAACAUCAUGCUGGAAAAUCUUACAGAAAUGUCUUAAGCUAGUCAGACUGAACAGGUGAACGAAAGUUAAGAGCAAAUGUUAACUCAGUUUGGUGUUGUGGAGUCUGUUAAGGCCCUUGUGCUUCUCUGAAGGUGAAAAGAACGUCCAGUGGCAUCUGGUGAUUUCUUUGACUAUCCAGUGGAUGUAAAAGUUUCACCACUUUGUGAAAAACUUAGCUUGUGAGUGUAAUUGUUGGUUAGUACACCUGGUUCAGUGUAGACCGUUUAGGGAUUCGUAACCCACUUCCACUUAGGUGGGUUGGAUCAGCACUCGGUAUAUCUCACCCUUCACUCCAAUGAAUAAACAGUGCUAGUGUGGAUUUGGGCCAUGGGUCAGCGGUUGAAAGAACAGGUCAUUUUUAAGUAAUCAGACAUCUGUCACAUUCUCUAAUGUUGAACAAAUGUUUGUGACAGCACUGCAUAGAGAAGAACUCGACUGUCAUCUGCCUGUCUGCAGUUUGCUAAUGAUUAUAGGGAAAAGUGAGAAGGCUGCUGGGGCAGGGUUUAGUGGGGUUAAAUGAGAACAGUGGUGCUUUGGUUUGUGUCAUUCCAUCGCUCACUGAUGGCUAAUACUGGAUCACUUAUUUAUUUGGGUUCUCUCUAUCUAUUUUUAGGGAAAUUUGAUGAUGCAAGUGUAUGUUUGGAAAUUGAUUUUAAUCAUAUUAAGAGUUAGGUUCAAAGAUGUUAGCUGGUCUGCAAAACUGUCCAGCUGUUCUUUAUGUACA